AUGCAAGCGUCGCUUUCGCCGGUAGACGCAGCGGUCCCCGGCGAUAUGGCCAGCGGAAGCCAGAGCGCAGCCGGUGCGUCGGUUCCGACGGAGAAGAAGAGUAACUAUAAGGGAUUCGUAGCGGGGGUGUUUUCGGGGAUUGCGAAGUUGAGUGUUGGGCAUCCUUUCGAUACGGUAAAGGUGCGAUUACAGACGAGCAAGGAUAGGCAUUUCAAGGGGCCGUUGGACUGUGUGCUACAGACGGUACGGAAGGAGGGGGUGAGUGGACUGUACAAGGGAGCCACGCCGCCGCUGGUCGGUUGGAUGGUUAUGGACUCUGUCAUGCUCGGUUCCCUGACGCUGUACCGACGACUACUGCUCGAGAAUGUCUUUUCGAACCCCGCUAUCCGGUCUCUUACGCCGUUUGCGAGCUAUCAACCUGAUCCCAAAACGCUUCCUAGUUUCGGGCAUGGGAUAGCUGGUAUCCUGGCCGGUACGACCGUCAGUUUCAUAGCGGCUCCGGUGGAGCACAUCAAGGCGCGGCUGCAGAUUCAGUAUGCGGCGGAUAAGUCGAAGCGAAUGUACAGCGGGCCGGUCGAUUGUUUACAAAAGCUUCUGCGCACUCACGGUAUCGCAGGGUUGUACCGCGGCCUCUGCGCGACAAUCUUCUUCCGAUCGUUCUUCUUCUUCUGGUGGGGAUCCUACGACGUCCUGACGCGAUGGAUGAGAGACAACACCGCGAUGUCGGCACCAGCAAUCAAUUUCUGGGCUGGGGGCAUAUCGGCACAGAUUUUCUGGUUGACCUCGUACCCGUCCGAUGUGGUCAAGCAGCGACUGAUGACGGACCCGAUGGGUGGAGCGCUGGGUGACGGGGAAAGAAAGUUCCGCCGGUGGAAAGAUGCUGCCAGGGCGGUAUAUCAAGAGCGAGGAUGGAGAGGGUACUGGAGGGGUUUCGUGCCCUGUUUCUUACGAGCAUUCCCGGCGAAUGCGAUGGCCUUGGUUGCAUUUGAGGGUGUGAUGCGGUCGCUGCCGUGA